GGUGCAUCUAAAUGGUUCCUGGGGUCUGGGAUCCUCACAAUGUGAAAGGUUCUGUGUUAGUUGUCCUUUUGUGUAGCUCUCAGUGAGCACAAAUAGCAGAUACCGUAUCAGUGCAGGUGUACAGUGAACUCCUGUGUUGCUAGUGUGAUGGCACUGUGUAAGGUUGUUUGUGAGGAAAUGUUGUUUUAGUAUCAGAUGAUCACAUGAUCCAUCUGAAUCAGUUCUAUAGAUCGGUCACGGUUAUGGAAAAUACGAAUGAGCCAUAAAAUGAAGCGUGGAAACGAAGAUGCCUGCGACGGCGCAAAUGAGGAGCAAGUGUCCACAGAACAGGACGGAUCCAACGAUGAACAGAGUUCCAAAAACAAUGCUCACGCUGAAGAUUCGUCUGAUUCGAGCAGCAAGUCGUCUGUGAAGCGGAUGCGCUCCGAGGAGCAGGAGGUUCGGUUGCUGAUUCCGAGCAAGAUGGCUGGAGCUAUCAUAGGAAAAGGAGGCCACAACAUCCAAAAGCUACGGACAGAGUAUCAAGCCCAAGUGAAUGUAGGCGACUGUACUGGCCCCGAACGUGUGCUUACCAUUGGUGGCGAUAUGGAGACGGUGACGAAAGUAGUGAAGGAUGUGAUGAAGCAUCUUGAUCGGGCCGGCGAUAAUGAGUACGAGUUGAGAAUACUGAUUCAUCUCAGCCUGGCAGGAUGCGUCAUCGGCCGCGGUGGAAGCAAAAUAAAGGAGAUCAAGGAUGAAAUCGGCUGCCGGUUGAAAAUCUUCUCUAACAUACCACCGCAAAGCACAGACCGCAUUGCCCAGGUGAUAGGCAGCGAGGAGCAGUGUCUGAAAACGCUGAACGAGAUCAUCAAACUGAUCAAGGGCACACCGAUCAAGGGCCCGGUGCAUAACUAUGAUCCGCACAACUACGACGACAUGUACGCGGACGAGUACGGCGGCUACGGUGUCGGUGGGGGCGGCGGCGGUGGCAGCGGUGCCUUCCGUAACGGUGGCCGCAAUGCUGGCGGUGCGGCACCCGGCAGCGGUUACGAUCGGCGCGGCGGCGGUGGGGGCGAUCGGUACGAAGAUCGUGGCCGCGCCAACCGCGGUGGCGGCUACGAUCGCGGCAACGAUCGGGCGAACCGUGGUGCCGGGGCCGGUGUGGGCGGAGGCGGCGGCGGCGGGAUGAGGGACAGGGAUUACAUUAACCCGUGGGCUAAUCCCAUCAACGGCAAUAAUAUGGGUGGCAGCUUUGGCGGUGGCAACAGUCUAGCGCUCAGCAAUCUCGGCAGCUUGAAUCUGGGCGGCGCGGGCGGCAACCUCGGCAACGGCAGCCUGGGAAGCUUCGGCGGCGGCAACAACGGUGCUAUGGAUAACAAAACCUCAACGCAGGUCACAAUACCCAAAGAUCUUGCUGGUGCCAUUAUCGGCAAGGGAGGUGGCCGAAUACGUCGCAUUCGGAAUGAGUCGAACGCUUUCAUCCAGAUCGACGAAGCCUUGCCCGGGUCGAACGAUCGGAUCAUCACGAUUACCGGCACACCGAAGGAAAUUCAGGCGGCGCAAUAUAUGCUACAGCAAAGCGUUCGCGAAAACUUGAGUGGCGCUGGAUCAGGUGGUUUCAAUCGCAACUAAAUAAAUGGUGGUGCAAUCUGAACAGUGUGUGCAUGUGCGCGCGUAAUCCAGCUCGAGCGCUCGUCCGCGUUCCCGCCAGCAUGUUGAAGAAUGUAACAUUGUUUUAAGUACGUAAGAAAUAUUGCGAACUUUUAGACAUGGUUUAGGACAGAGGUUGGAAAAGAACAUUAAGCAAGCCUAGUCUUCUUCUCCUAAGCGGGGGCGCGCGUGUUUUGUCAGCAACAGAAAGAAAACAGCAUGGAGGGUAGAACUACUACAAGAAGUGUAUGCUUUUACUGUUUAACUACAAUAGAUUUUAUCUCAAUAGCAGCAGUAGCAGCGGCAAACAGGCGCGAAAAUCCCCUAAAUAAGAGCAUUUUUACAUUUGAUAACUGUGUACGGUACGGUACGGUCAUUCUACGGUGUAGUAUAAGCAUUUCAUUUGCCUUUGAUGUCCUUCCGCUACACUUUUUACUUAACGGAAAGCAGAGAAGAUCACUGUUAUCAUGGCAAAAAACAGUUCUUUUCAAUAACUACAGUCAGCCACCAUUCGGCUUCACUAUUUCACUAUUUCUUAAUCAUGUCCCUAUCGUGACAAUGCUAUUAUAUGUCGCGCUUUUGCUAGGAUGCUGAUGUGCUUGUAGGUUGUGUGGGGAGUGGGACGACCAUAGGAAAUAUGAUUUUACCUAGUGCAUCACUAGCGAACCAUUACACUGGUUCCGCGCAUUAUUGAUAAUACGGGCAUUUUCUUACAGAUUAGUGCAUCGCAUCGGCAGUUUAAAAACCGGCAGGGUAAUAUAGUUUAGUCUUUACGUUCAUCCUUAGUUUCAGCGUCGUCUUUUGCAGUCAGAAUGGAAUAGAGAGAAAGAGAGAGAAGGAGAGAAUUUUACUGUUACUUACUAUUCCUCCCAGUAAUGCUCAGCGAGCGCGCUGGAUGAUGGAUAUUUGUGAAUCCAUGAAAAGGAAACAUUUUUGUCCUCUGAAACAUACAAAAACUAAACACACAUACACACAGGUACGCCAAGUGUCUUUUUUGAACCAGCGAAAUUCCCAGUAAUCUCAUGAAUUAAAUAAAAUCGAAAUAAAAAGCGCAAUCGCUGCAAUUAAGUCGUGUAGGCCUUCAAGAUUACGCUAAUCCUCCGACCCUAUUCAAUACAUCUAAACAACAACUCGCUAACAAGAGUUAGUAGGAAGCCAAAACCGCAUUUUCUACCGAUUUGCUCCCUCUUUCUGCUCCCAAAUAUAGUACGUGCAUCAUAUGUCCAGUGUGUAGAAUAGAUGUAACGAGAUGAAGUGAAGGGGGGGCAGUUACGACCCCAAUCCCCGAGUGCAUUUUUUGACCACAGUAUGUUCUACUUCCAUUUACGAUAAGAGAUGAUGAACUUAACCGUAUAAUCAACCAUCCAACCAGCCAUCCAAUGAACCAAAACAGCGGCUCUCACACACUCGACAAAUGCACACUUAACUACUCACAAAAUAUUACACACAUUUACCUAUUUUCCAGGCUCCGUUCUCGGGGGCUUGGGAAGAGUAUGUGUGUGUGUUCUUUUAAUAAUAACCAGUACGAUUUCAUCUCUUAAAACAACGUCUUUGUGUGUGCGUGUGAGUGUAUGUGUCGCCGCGUGUCAGUCAGUGUGUGAGAUUAGGAAAGCAUAGGCAAUACAGCGAAAAUAAAAUAAAAUAAAAAAUCGCGCCAUUACACAGUUACAUUCAAUUGUAGUUGAAUACAUACAACUCUCACUCUCUCUCUCUCACCCAACCAAGCAUACCAAAUGUAUUGAAAGUGCUCUAAAACUCUAUGCGCUGUUAUUAGCGAUAGAACAAAAACAAAACCGUAAUGCAAGAAAAUAUAUAUAUUAGACGGGGUAAUAAGAAGCAAACGUGGUCUUUUAUGAGGUUCUGGACACAGGAGAAUGGUGUAUUAUUGAAAAGUUUGAAAUGAGAAAUGAGAGCAUGAGAAAAGGAAGAACACACAAACUCGCGAAAAGAGAGCGUGUGUGUGUGCGCGCGCGCUUUACAUUGCGCCAAGUCAUCUACAUACAUGAACCAUUGUUUUGAAACCGACAGACUAAGAAGUGUGGACGCAAAAACACGAAUUGUGUAGUAUUAAAAAUAUAUAAAUAGAGGAGAUCAUCUUGUUGUUCAA